UAUCCAGCAACUACAAAAGGGAACGCUGUGGUCUCCGGGCAGUAGUGAUCACGUACUCCACGCAAGAUGCGCCUGGGUCUCUCCCUUGCCGUUGCGUUGCUGGGGACCUUACACCUGACCUCGUCCGUCUCAAGUGGUAUAUUGACACCCAGUGCCUUCGCUGUGCAACACGACCUUCCUGCGGAGGUUCCUAGCGCAUCAGCCGUCGAACGUAAAAACGUUUCUUCGUCGGGAAGUCAGAAAUGUGGAAUGUCGAAGGUAAUAGUCAACGAAACGACCGUGAUCACCAUCCAAAAGACCGUAGAAACGAAGACCAUCACUGACCAGAAGUGUUGCUGCCCCGAAGAUAUAAGUCUACAAUGUAAAGGUUGCCCCGACGGUGGAGCAAAAGAGGAAGCUCCUGUUACAGUACCUCCGACUGCUACGGAACCUGGCACGUCAACGACGCCUCAGACACCAACAGCUCCCACCAAAGGUCCUACGACCACCACUCCAGAUCCUCAGACAUGGAAGAGAGCCCAGACACCGACAGUACCUAUCACAACAGAACCCCCAACUGUAUCAACAACGCAGGCACCAACAGUUCCAUCCACGCGUCUAACGACCCCAACUACAGAGCCCCCAACUUCACCAACAACACAGGCACCAAUAGUUCAAACUACACGUCCCACGACAACCACUAUAACGCGCCCAACUUCACCAACCACCCAGGCGCCAACAGUUCCAACCACGCGUCCUACGACCGCAACUACAGAGCCCUCAACUUCAUCAACAACCCAGGCGCCAACAGUU